GUCUCUUUACAACGCUGCAAAAGCUUUUGACAUCCGUAAAUGGCAUGUUGUGUCCAACUGGUUUCAAUCUCUGCAUUGAAGAAUUAAAAUAAGCGUUACCAUCAUAAGCGUUACCAUGUGAGUGUUAUGUUAAAGAUCCAAUGCAAGAGUCUCGGGCACAUGCAAAUUAAGUUGCAUUUAUCCAUUGCCUGGAAAGGUUGCUUCCAAGAUCUGCAAUUUACACGUUCGACUCCUACUAUUAUAACUAGACAGAAAGUCAACGCCAGCAAAUCAGUUGGGUCAAAGUCUUUGCACAGCAGCGUGUAUCCUGGAGGCUGGACCAUGUGAAUCUCAGAUUCUUAAAAUACGGAUAGUAGUAAAGGGUUUGAACUCCAAGUUGGCUAAGUCGAUGAUUAAUCUUGCUAAUUCAGUGAGUUCAAAGACGGGGGAAGAGAUGGGCUAUGUGGGAUUUUCUAAACAUCCUAUUUUGCUGGUUUGGGUGUGCGUCUUCCUUGGUAUGUUUGCUAACUCCAAGUGCAGCAGCAACAUCAGGCCUAUUCUAAUCAACUUGGGUGAUUCCAAUUCGGAUACUGGAGGUGUCCUGGCAGGCACUGGACUCCCAAUUGGCCUUCCCCAUGGCAUUACAUUUUUCCACAGAGGCACCGGCCGGCUAGGCAAUGGACGGCUUGUGAUUGAUUUCGUCUGUGAACACUUGAACCUGAGUUAUUUGAGCCCAUAUUUGGACUCAUUGGCACCAAAUUUCACAAGUGGAGUGAACUUCGCAGUAAGUGGAGCAACCUUGCUGCCACAGUUUGUGCCUUUUGCACUAGAUGUUCAAGUUCGCCAAUUCAAUCGCUUUAGAAAACGUUCUCUUGAACUCCUAUCACUGGGUUCCAGAAACUUAAUCGAUGAAGAUGGAAUCCGUAAUGCACUUUAUAUGAUCGAUAUUGGAGAGAAUGAUCUCUUGCUAGCCCUGUACGCAUCAAACUUAACAUAUGCACCAGUUAUUGAAAAAGUCCCUUCAUUUCUUGCAGAAAUCAAACUAGCUAUUCAAAAUAUAUAUCAAUAUGGUGGCAGAAAAUUUUGGAUACACAACACUGGGCCAUUAGGCUGUGCCCCUAAAGAACUUGCAUUACAUCCACAUAACAACACAGAUCUUGAUCAAAUUGGAUGCCUUCGCAUCCAUAAUGAUGUUGCAAAGGUUUUUAAUGAAGGAGUUAACAGUGUCUGCAAAGAACUGAGAUCAGUAUUCAAGGAUGCAACUAUUGUUUACGUGGACAUAUACACAAUCAAGUACAAACUCUUUGCCAAGUACAAAAAAUAUGGUUUUGAAGAUCCAUUCAUGGCUUGUUGUGGUUAUGGGGGGCCUCCAAACAAUUACAAUGUAAAAGCAACAUGCGGCCAGCCUGGUUACAGCAUCUGCAGAAAUGUAUCAAGAUCCAUAGUCUGGGAUGGAGUUCAUUAUACUGAAGCUGCCAAUCGUGUGAUUGCAACAAGUAUUUUAUCUACGCGUUAUACUACACCUCGAGUAAAGCUUGACCAAUUUUGGCCAGACAACUAAGUGGCCUAGCUGCUGCUGCCUCCACGAGUUCUUUUUGAUGUGGAUACAUUUCUAAAUGCUGCCUCCAUAAAUAGAUCCAAAUGCUUGUCUAAACCCAUGAUCAGAUCAGAAAUACUUGGGGUUUUUUGUUUUUGUGUGAAAACGCUUCUUAAUUUGCCCUCUUACUAGAUAUAUAGACAUUGGUGGAACAUAAAGGGAAAAAAAAAGGGAAAAUGGUGUCUGAAUUGCUUCAGGAUCAUAUAUAAGGCCAAAUCCACCAUCAAUCUCUGAUAUUUCUUCAAUAAUUACUCGAAAAGAAAAACUA